UCAGACAGGAUCAGAUUGCCUGUCAGGCGCUGUUCAGGGCUUAAAUGCCCCACGAGCGCAAUGAUUUGGUAAAAAACUGCGUGCGCUUUUACGUGUAGGAGCAAGCAUGACCAGAGAUGACCAGGGCGCGUAGGAUGUCGGCAAAGCUAGGGAACGUGCGGACAGACUUGUGCCACUAUCGUAUAUAAGUCGGUGACGAGAGAGGGAGGGGAGCAAAUGCUGAACAUUCUUCUAAGCAUACAGUUCAGUUCGACACUAAAGGGAGAUACGAUAACCUAUUUGGCACCAAACAGGAAUUACGGUGGUUCCUCUGCAAACUGCUGUUUGGACUGCCUACAUUGUUAACCUUGCAAAUGAGAGCCUCGUUUUGGAAGGAGAAACACAAACAAACGAUUUAACUUGGAGUUAUUUGAUGUUUCCUGAGGAAGUCAGACAGUGAAACAUAAUUGAAGAUGGAGAAUAUGGAAGCUGGGAAGAAGAAGAAGGGAGUGACCUGUUACCUCCUCUACUGCAUCACUACAGCCGUCAUCGGCUCCCUGCAGUUCGGAUACAACACUGGAGUCAUCAAUGCCCCUGAGCAGAAACUGCGACGGUUCUUCCAGAAUGUGUCUAUGGAUCGUUAUGGAGACCCCUUCUCCCCUGGGACUAACACCAUGGUUUGGAGCUUCGCUGUGGCCAUCUUCAGUGUGGGGGGCAUGGUUGGGUCCUUGUCUGUGGGGGUCAUGGUGGACAGGUUUGGGAGGCGGAAGUCCAUGCUCCUGGCCAACGUGCUGGCCCUUCUGGGUGGAACUCUGAUGGGUCUGUCCAGCCUGUGUAAGUCCUUUGAGAUGGUCAUCAUUGGCAGGCUGGUCAUUGGCGUGUUCUGUGGCCUGUGUACGGGACUGACGCCCAUGUACGUGGGAGAGCUGGCCCCCACGCACCUCAGGGGGGCCUUCGGCACCCUCCACCAGCUGGGAGUGGUCAUUGGCAUCCUGGUGGCACAGGUCUUUGGUCUGGAGUUUCUGCUGGGGUCAGACUCCCUGUGGCCCCUCCUGCUGUCCCUGACGGCCAUCCCUGCUGUGGUGCAGAGCAUCAUGUUGCCCUUCUGCCCAGAGAGCCCCCGCUACCUCCUCAUCAGCCUCAACCAGGAGGAGGAGGCUCGCAAAGCCCUGGUGCGUCUGCGUGGCUGUGAGGAUGUAAGUGAUGACAUCCAGGAGAUGAAGGAAGAAGGGAUGAAGAUGGCCAUGGAGAAGAAGGUCACUAUUCCAGAACUCUUCCGUUCGCCAGCCUACCGUCAGCCAAUCAUCAUCGCCAUCAUCCUGCAGCUCUCCCAGCAGCUCUCUGGCAUCAAUGCGGUAUUCUACUAUUCGACAGGUAUAUUUGACACUGCCGGGGUGACCCAGCCCAUCUACGCCACUAUAGGAGCUGGGGUGGUCAACACUCUAUUCACAGUGGUGUCUCUCUUCUUGGUGGAGAGGGCGGGACGAAGGACCCUGCACCUCAUCGGAUUGGCUGGAAUGGCUAUCAGUGCUCUGCUCAUGACCAUCUCCCUCUCAUUGGUGAAGACCAACCCGUCUCUGAGCUACCUGGCCAUCGUGGCGGUGUUUGCCUUUGUGGCCAGUUUUGAGAUGGGUCCAGGUCCUAUCCCAUGGUUCAUAGUUGCUGAGUUGUUCUCCCAGGGGCCUCGGCCUGCAGCUAUGGCCGUCGCCGGCUGCUCCAACUGGACCGCCAACUUCCUGGUCGGGCUUGGCUUCCCCAAACUGGAGGAGCUGUGUGGUCCUUACGUCUUCAUCAUCUUCAUGAUCUUCCUCAUAUUCUUCUUCGUCUUCACCUACUUCAAAGUCCCGGAGACCAAGGGGCGAACCUUUGAUGACAUUGCCAAAGGAUUCGCCGGCACUGCAGGAGCCCAAUCUCCUCCCCCAGAGGGUAUGGUCACCCUGCCCGUCUCCCCGACGACGGAGAAAGUUCCAAUGGUUGAGUUUCCGACGGAAGAGAAGUAAAAUAAGUGAUCGUCAACGAAUCCGUAGAUAGUGGAACAGUUAGAGAACAGGGUUACAGGGUUAGACAAGCCCCUUGUGCAUAGAUACUGUAAUGUAGGGAGUAUAACUUUUUUUAAUCCAUUUGAGGUUGAAUUGGACUUUUAAAGUGCAGGACUAGAGAUAUGCACUGUUAUGGAGAGGAGCUUCCAUAUGAAAUAGCAGCUUAAGUGUCGGGUGUGUGUAUAGUGUGUGUGUUGGGAAUAGGGUUGGGGAUGAUAAUGCAGGCAUCAUGAGAGUACGUGUCAAAGAGGAUUUAUUGUUUACUGUGUGUCAGUGUGUGCAUGUGUGUGUGUGUGUGCCUUCAGUCAUUUUCAUUUAAACUACCUAAAGUAUUUAUUACUGUAAGUUAUUAAUGAUAAUUUGUAAUGAUCUUUUACCAAUGCCCAAGUCAUUUAUGACAUUUAUUUUUAGCUGACUUAACUCAUAGACGCCAAUCAUUAGUUAAUCAAUGACCAAUUUUACUACUGUACUUUUUAAUGAUUGGCAUUACAAGUAAAAACCUUUAUACUUAUAGCAUUUAUAAGGAUAAACAUUCCAACAAAUAUGUUCAGUAAUAAACUUCCCAUAUUGUCCUUCACUUGGGUUAAAAUGGGAAUAGGAUUUGGGUUGAUGUGUACUGAGUUCAGUGGGUUUGGGAGGGCAGUACGGGAACCUAAACAUCCUCUCUGCCUGGUGUAUCCUAACCCAGCCUAUCUGUCUCUCUGCCUGGUGUAUCCUAACCCAGCCUAUCUAUCUCUCUGCCUGGUGUAUCCUAACCCAGCCUAUCUAUCUCUCUGCCUGGUGUA